AUGACGCACUUCGUUGUCUCUUUACCUUUUUUCUUUGCACGUCAUUUCUUACUCUUACUAUUAGGCUUCCCGCCAAGAAAAAAAGAAAUCCGUCAGGCAAGGCCGAUUGCUUGCCUUGAAAAUGAGGAAUUGAGAGCGGUGUCAGGUAGGCAGAUCCAUUAUAGACAUUUGUUUUUCGAGAAAUCAUCAUCAUCUUCUCCUCCUCCUCCUCCUCCUCCUUCUCCUCCUCCUCCUUCUCCUCCUCCUUCUUCUUCUCACUCUCAUCUGAGUUCGUUCCCCCUAUUCUGCCAACUUUACCAUAAUGAAAAUUAUUCUUUCUUCCUUUCUUUCUUUCUGGCUUUCUUUCUUUCUUUCUUUCACUCUCAUCUGCGUUCGUUCCUGCCCCCUUUUCAUGUUAAUUUCUUCCUAUCUUCUCGAGAAAGACAUUUUCGAUACAGCCUCCAUUCUGCCAACUUUAUCUUAAUGAAAAUUAUUCUUUCUUUCUUUCUUUCUUUCUUUCUUUCUUUCUUUCACUUUCAUCUGAGUUCGUUCGUUUGCCUUUUUAAAUUUCUUUCUUCCUAUAUUCUCGAGAAAGACCUUUUCGAUACAUCUCCCUUUCUGCCAAAUUUACCAGUAUGA